CCUGUGUUCGAGUCUAAUAAUAUAAGUAACAGGUGCCUCGUCCAUAACCUGCGAUCCUCCCUUCCGAUACUUCAAUCGCCAUCACCAUGGUCCAGGCUGACGCCAGUCGGAAUUACUACCAAGACUUGGGUGUUGCAGCCAACGCAGACGAAAGCGAAAUCCGCAAAGCUUUCAGAAAGCUUGCACUCCAAUAUCACCCCGAUCGAAACCCUGGGCGCGAGUCAGAGUUCGUGAAGAAGUUCCAGCAGAUCCAAGCAGCCCACGAAAUCUUGAGCGACGCUACGCAGAGAGCGAAAUACGACCAGGAAAGGAAGAGAUAUCGAGGACUACACAUCCCUCCAUACAACCCAAAUACACCGAGGGCUCGCCCUCCUCCCCCGCAGAGAAAUCCUUAUCAUGCUACGACCAGCACGCCCAACGGAUCCUAUUACCGAGCUCCUCCUCCGAGACCUGCACCGCAAAGGCCACCUCCCCCACAACAUCAUACGACGUACACAAAUGGAGCGGAUCGCUUUACAAGCAAGAACUUUCGGGCGCCGCCAACCGCUCAGCAACCGAAGAAAGGUCAGGAUGCAAACAACAUCUUUACGGCAUGGCAGAAGAUGAAACAGCCUCGUGCAGAGGAACCACGGCCGCCGAACGCUGCUCCGCCCAAGAAUGCCAAUGCCUACAACCCGAACGGUGCUCCAUUCGGUCGCAGUGCCAGCACAAGGACACCUCCCUCUAAGAAGGGGUUCAAUCCUGCCACUGCUGGUGCCGAUGAAGGCCAGGCACGUUCAUCGUAUCGAUCAACUUACACGCGGCGCGCGCCGUCUCCGCCACCGGCUGCGGACCCACUGAAGAAUUUCAAGGCCCAGAUGGAAGAGGACAUACCAAACGUGCCAUACUCGGAAGCCAACAGAGUCAGGACGCCGUACUUUUCAGGGAAGACGGGGGAACGUACCUCGAUGUUCGAAGGCGUGGGACGCUCAGCUAGCGUUCGGAAUUCACCCACGCAUGGCACCAGGCCCACUGGGGAAGCUUCCUUCUCGGAUUCUGAGUUUCGGGCGCAACGCAACUCGUACAGUGGCAAGAAGUCUGAGCCGUUUCCGCAUAUGUAUAUUUCCUCGAGCGACGAGGACGAAUCCGAAGCAGAGGUUUUCAGAUCACCAACUUCAUCGCGAAAGCCAGGUGCAAAGUCAAAGGCACCUCCUCCACCUCCGCCUCCGCCACCACCACAGCAGAGCCAACCCAGUUACCCUACGUUUGGAGCAACUCCAAAUUUGUUCGGGAAUAGUCCACGACAUAAUCAGACGCCUAGCAACUUCAAGAGCAGAAGCGAGGAGAGCAUCAAUGUCAAGUUCUCGCCUUCGGACUGGCACGGGAAGUUUGUGGGAUCACCAGAUUAUUUCGCUGCCCCAACUGCAUCCAAGGGACAGUCGAGUAAGGGUCGAACAUCGCCUACUCGUGGCAGGACUUCGCAACGCAAUGCAACAGAUAGGAAUGCCUUCGGAGGCCAGUCUCAGCCGCCUCCAGUAUCACCCUUUUCACAGUCGCAAUCUAACCCAAUGCCACCUCCACCUCCACCUCCACCGCCGCUAGAUGCACAGGACAAAUUUGCUCCCGGCAGCUCAUCAGCGCCGCAAUCCGCGGUGUUCACACAGCACGACUGGGCGGAAACGUUCAAGGAACCCAGCUGGGCUUUCCCGCAAGCAAGCAAAGAAACUUCGCCGCGGCGCGGAUCAGCCCCGACGAAGAGGCCCAAAGCAGCGAGUCGCAAGCCUUCCGCUGCGGCCAAUGGUAACAGCAAUCCGUCUUUAUCAGAUUCUUCGAGGCCGAAAUUCCAAGCAUUUGCUGAAGAUGCAUCGAACGGCGACGGAGAUGCGAUGGACAUUGAUUCGAACACCCCGCCAGUGGAGGCUAAUCCGCCUACAGCACCAGGAACUGAUCAGACUUUCAAGGCUGGAACUCCUAUCAAGUUCAGUUCACCAGCUGGAGCAGCGUCGGGCUCGACGCCUAAGCAGCGCACGACCCGUACACGAUCCGGCAGUCUACCUACCGGCACACCUCCAGCUACGAAGGCUAGCAAACACCAGAGCACAGGGGCUGGUCUCGACGGACUGGAAGGAUUACGAAAUGUCGAGCCGUUUAUGCCGACCACAAGCGGUGGUCUAUCUGGGCUAGGAAGUCUAGGAGACACAUUACCUUUCCCAUCGAAGCCAUCUAGUUCACAUCCCACGAAGCCAAAGGCUGCACAGAAACUCAAGUUCCCCGCCGUGCCAAGUGCUCCGCAACCACCAGCCGUGCUCGACGAAGCAUCCACAAAGGCAUACCUCAGCCAGAUGCAAGCGUACCUCAAAUCGUACCACGCCUACAGGAAGAGCAUGAACGCCCACAUGUUAGCCCGCGAGGCCGAACUAGAGUCCCUGGACUACAAUUUCGUCAGCCAGCGCGGCGAGACGACCAAGAAGACGGGCUUCAAGAGCUACAUGAACAAGAUGCAGGAAGACGAGGGGGUGCUAGAGACGUGGAAGGUCGCGCAGGAACUGCAUCUCCAAGCCCUGCAGAGGUGCGAGGAGGUGCGGAACAAGACUAUGAAAUCGUACGCUCAGUGAGAAUAAUACCUUGCAUGCAAUGCUGCCUUUGCUGCUGCUGCUAUUGCCGUCGUUAUUGGUUUGCACUGCGCAAUUGGGAUUCAAGAUGCAGUUUUGCUUGCGUGGUUAUUCGCGGGACUUCAUAUGCUAAUGCCGUCGUCAUCAGACAGGAACGAUCC